UGUUCUAUGCAGACUUGGGAGAGAAAAUGCAAUGCAUGAACACAUCCUUAGUAACAACUACUUAUCCCUCAAAGCUGAGAGCAAGAAAUUCGCAGCUAUCAACUCCAGGAAGACAACCCCAUUUCCAGAGUAACUCAAGAGACAAAAAUGGUGAACUCUUCGAGUCUGUGGCUGCGAAUAUUUCCCUCCCUUCUCAUGUGAAAUCCAUUACAAGCACUUCAAACCCAUUUGUCAAACAUUGCCUUAAGCUCCGCCAUAGCUCUUCUUAUCGCCACGCUCAUGGCUCAGCCCUCGUUGUUGGCGCUACCCCUCUCAGGGAGAUAUAUAGGUUUCAAGAGUCGUUGCAACAGAAAACUAUCACAAUGGAUUGUUUACUUGUACUUGAUAAAGCUGAAAUACCUGAAGAGAUAGAGGGCUUUCCCUCUCGUAUAGUGCGUGUGAGCUCUGCUGUCAUAAAAAAACUUUCUGGGCUGCAAUCAACUGAGUCUACCGAAGCAAUUGGUCUAAUGAGAAUUCCUUCUAGUUUUUUCAAUUUAGUUGGUAGUCAACAAGUAGCAGAUUGUGAAAGAUGGUUUCCUGUUGCCCAUCGGAUUCUAGUCCUCGAUGGCAUCCAGGACCCUGGUAACCUAGGUACGUUAGUCAGAUCAGCCAUGGCCUUUAAAUGGGGUGGCAUUUUUUUACUUCCUGGCUGUUGUGAUCCAUUCAACGAGAAAGCAAUCCGAGCGAGCCGAGGAGCCUCUUUUCAGCUCCCUAUUGUUUGUGGCAGUUGGUUCUAUCUUCAAGCCCUCAACAGAGAACUUCAAAUGAAAAUGCUGGCUGGCCAUCCGGAGAUUCACGAGGAAAUGAAGCCAGUCCUUCAACUAUCUGAAGAACUUGCAGAUUCUUUUGCUCAUCUUCCAUUGUGCUUGGUUUUGGGUAGCGAAGGCCGUGGCCUGUCGGAGAAAUCUCUGAGAGAAUGUGAGCUUGUAAGUAUUCCGAUGGCAAGAGAAUUUGAGUCUCUUAACGUAUCAGUUGCUGGUGGCAUUUUCUUGUACAUGCUGCAGCCUAGGAAUUAGACAUCAUUCUUAUUCUUGUUGUGAAGUUCACUUGGUGGUCUCUCACUUACAAUCACAAAACUAGGUCAGCAUUGACCGAAUUUUCCAAGUUGUG